AUGUCCGACCUUCAACGCUCGUACGUCAAGAGUAAACUCUCCAAGCUUCCGCCAGUCCCAUCGUUUUCCGAAGCGGACGAAGAGGGAAAGGAACAACAUGUCGUUGCUCCUGCAGCGAUACCGCGUCUGUCUAAGCGCCAGCCACGAACGGACGACUUCUCUCCACGCACAGCCGAAGGCUACUUUGAGCAAGCACUAGAGGUGAACGUUCCGCUAGCUACUGGCUCGGGCUCUUUUCGUGUCUACUACACUCCACCACGGCCGAAGGCUGCGACACAGCCGAAAGCUACCGCCGCAAGAGCACCUGUACCUUUGGAUCUCAGCGUCAACGUCGACUCUCCCUCCUUGCCGACGCUUAAACCUGGAUUCGGACUUUCGACAGUUGAGGGCGACCUGGAAGAUCAAGAGCUACCCGGCCCAUCACAGCAGAGCGCUUCACCGAGUCCAGGAACGCUUUUCGUCUUUCACCAUGGAGCGGGCUUCAGCGCUCUCUCGUACGCCUUGACGGCAGCCGAAAUCACACGGACCAGCGGAGGGGAAGUUGGCGUACUCGCAUUCGACUGUCGAGGGCAUGGACGUACGCGGCUGCACGACGUCAACACGGACCCGCUCGACAUGUCGAUCGACGCUCUUUCUUCAGAUCUGACCUCACUCCUGUCAACAAUGUUUCCACGAACGGAAGAAAUGCCUUCUUUGGUGCUUGUCGGUCACUCAAUGGGUGGGUCUGUGGUUGUGUCUGCAGCACACGCUCUCUCGGCGAAAGGCUUCAAUCGUAUAACAGGCGUGGCAGUGCUUGACGUUGUAGAAGGGACUGCGAUGGAUGCACUCAGCGUGAUGCGAAGCGUCGUGCUAGGUCACCCAUCUGGGUUCAGUUCCGUAGAAACUGCCAUCCGAUGGCACGUGGAUAGCAAGACCAUCGCAAACCUCGAAAGUGCACGCAUCAGCGUUCCGCCUUUGAUAGCACCCAAUCCUGCUUUCGCGCCCUCCAGCACUGUCGAAUCUGGAGAACGGGACGAGCAGCAAGAAGUUCUCGACGACGUAUCCUCAGAUACCUCGCGGCCAGAUCCCAAGCAACACGCCUAUCGAUGGAGAGCCGAUCUUCUAGCCACCGAACCGUACUGGCCGGGCUGGUUCCAAGGCCUAUCUUCGCGCUUCUUGAGCGUCAAGACUGCACGUCUGCUGCUUUUGGCAGGGACGGAUCGUCUGGAUCGAGAACUCAUGAUCGGUCAGAUGCAGGGCAAGUAUCAGCUCGAGGUGAUUGCGGACGUGGGUCACUCGCUGCACGAGGACGCGCCUGAGCGCACCGCGAGGAUCCUGAUGGACUUCUGGAGAAGGAACGAACGCGUACAUCUUCCGCUCAAGCAUAUCAAGAAGGUGGGCGAGGCGUAG